GCUUAAGGUCAAAGGUAAAGAUGAAUAAACUAAUGAAAUUAUAAAUUAGUGUCGGCAUCGAUCGAAAGGCAAAGCCUGAAGAGAAAUGUGGGCGACACUUUUUGUCGUCUUCAAAAAGCUCCGCAUGAGUAAAGGCUUGGAGACUUCUAUCUUUUUUGGAAGACGUAGAGCACCCUGCGGUUCAGGGCUUAUUUACGGUAUUCGCAUUUGCAGACCACCUUGGGAAAUUGUGAGAGACGCAUUGGUUCGAAUCUAGAUCACAGCUACUGCAUUUUCCCGACUCCACCUCACACAUUUCUUUUUUCCUUUGAACUGCCAGAUUAUUUGAUAAGGUUAGAAGGGUCUUUAUUUGCUGAUAGUAGCUACAUCACGUGCGUGUUCAGUGGUCUAUUAUUGCAGAUUCCGCGGGUUGCACUGUUGAGCUCUUGAAAGGGGAGCGACCUGCAUCCUAAAGCCAAUCGUUUUUCUCUACCGUUUUUUAUAACCUCCAACACAUUGCAGUCUUGUCACGUCACUCUACUCCCCCAUCCGAUUCAACCGCUACAGGAGAGGAGAGAGGGAAGAAAGAGGAGUGCGGAUGAAUGCGAACGACAUGUCGACAGACAGCUUUUAAAGCGUUUCCUCGGUUGUUUUUUAAUUCCUUGGCGGUGAAAUGAAUCUAAUUUAGACCUGAUGAGAGAGAGAGAUGCGGUGAGGGCUCCCAGCUGGGCUGAUGCCCUGGGCUGGGCUAAAAGGCAGAGGUAGGAGGAUGCAGUGGAUCACCCUGCUAGCGGCCCUUGGGUUUGUAGGUCUGUCCUGGUCCACACAUACACCCAUCCCUACCCCCACCUUCACACACACCCCUCUGGUGGAUGUCUCAGUGGAGGAGGGGGAUGAGCCGUGCUUUGAGCCAUGCACAUGCGAGGUCAAAGAGGGUGUGCUGCACGUGCACUGUGAUGGGCGCGGCUUCUCCAAUGUCAGCCAGGUGUUCCAGUCUUGGCUCCGCCCGUUCAAGCUCAACCUGCAACGAAACUCCCUGAGGCGGCUUUACAGCAAUGGCUUCCAGCAUCUUAGCAAUGCCGUGUCCAUAAACUUGGGCAACAAUGCACUGCAGGACAUCAAAGUGGGCGCUUUCCACGGCCUGGCCACCCUAAGGAGGCUCUACCUGCAUGAGAACAAGCUGGAGGUGUUCCGCAACGAUACCUUUAUAGGCCUCGAGGCGCUGGAAUACCUGCAGGCGGACUACAACGUCAUCAAACGCAUAGAUAGCGGGGCACUACGGUUUCUUCACAAACUGCGAGUUCUAAUCCUCAACGACAACCUCAUACCUGCUCUGCCACCUCACCUGUUCAGGUCGGUUUCCCUGACCCACUUGGACCUACGGGGGAACCGUCUGAAGAGCCUGUCUUAUGGUGGAACCUUGGAGUAUGUGGGCCGCUCCCUGAUGGAGCUGCAGCUGGAGGAGAACCCUUGGAACUGUGGCUGUGAGUCAGUUCCCCUGCAGCAGUGGCUGGACCAGAUUCCAUACACGGCCGUGGUGGGGGAGGUCACCUGCGAGUACCCUUUCCAACUACAUGGCAAGGACCUUAGGGAGACACCACGCAAGGAGCUGUGUGCCGACCUCCCUGACAAGGAAAUACAGAGUGAAGGGAACAGCAUUGAAGUGCCACAGCCCCCGCAAACGCCCCUCAAACCCAAAGUGUCAAGCCCCUACCCUGAUCAAGCUAGGCCCACAAAACAUUCCUCCAUGGUUCAUGGGCCUCACCAGAGCACGCACACCUCCUCCUCUUCCUCGACUGAGCGCAAGGAGAGGGAUAGGUCCUCCAGGCCCACCAAGCGUCCCAGGCCCUCCAGGACACCACCCACUCGCAGGCCCAACCAGCCUCCACCCGUGGCAGGCUACCAGACGCGGCCGCCCAUCCCCAUCAUCUGUCCUCUGGGCUGCACCUGCAACCUGCAUAUCACAGACCUGGGCCUUACAGUCAACUGCAAGGAGAAUGGCUUCCUCAACGUAUCCCAGCUCACGCCCCGUCCUCUCAACGGACGCAAGCUGUACCUGAGCGGCAACCUUAUCCAGAGGAUCUACAGGUCAGACUUUUGGAACUUCUCUAGCCUGGACCUGCUACACCUGGGUAACAACAGGAUAUCUUACCUCCAGGAGGGGGCCUUUUCCAGCUUGGCCAGUCUUAGGAGCCUUUACCUGAAUGGGAACAAUCUGGUGAGGCUAGGACCGGACAUGUUCCUGGGGCUGCAAAACCUCAGGUACCUCUACUUUGAGUACAAUGAGAUCGGUGAAGUGGAGGCAGGGUCUUUCAACACCAUGCCGUCCCUCCAGCUCCUUUUUCUCAAUGCCAACCUGCUAAGAACCCUCCCAGUGGGUGUGUUCUCUGGCAUCUCCCUCUCCCGCCUGAACCUCCGCAACAACCACUUCCUCACCCUGCCUGUAGAGGGCGUGCUGGAGCACCUCACCGGACUGGUGCAGGUGGAUCUUCAGCAGAACCCUUGGGAGUGCACCUGCAAGGCGGCAUCUCUGAAGUGUUGGCUGGAGGGCCUGAGCGCUGUGGUGGUUGUGGGAGAAGUAGUGUGCCACUCCCCUGAGGAGACCACUGGGAUGGACCUGCGCUCCAUCUCUAUGGAGCUGCUUUGCCCAGAGCUGGAGGAUCAAGAUCUGUAUCGGGACCUGGAUGGGGCCAAGGGGAGCCAAUCACCUCCCUCCGUGGACCUGGACAGAGGGGUGUCAGCAGGUUUCCCUGGGCCAGGCCUGGGCCCCUUACUGCCCCCAGGGAAGGGCUCCAUUCCCCUGUCUGUACUGGUGCUCAGCCUACUGGUCCUGCUUGUGUCUUCGUUCUUCGCGGCUGCAGCACUCAUCGCCUAUGCCUUUAGGAGGCGGGACAAGCUGCCGUUCCGCAGGCAGGGCGAGGUGGACCUGGCAGGCAUCCAGAUGGAGUGCGGGAUAUUCACAGAGCAGACACAUCACCACCAGCAUGGCUUGCUGAAGCCCCCACCCCUUGCAACAGCUGAGCACAGCCACGUCUAUAACACCAUCCUCCCCUCAGACCACAUUGGUGGUGCUGGCGGGGCUUCCUCCACGCCCAUGUGCAGUAACCCCGUCUACAAAGAGGAAGACGAGGGUGUGACAAUGAAACAGCAGUGUCAUCUGCAGUUGUGCAGAUCUAUAGGGAGUGAGGGUAAGUUCCACUGCCCAGAGAAGAGAAAGAGCAUGGAAGGAUACCCCUUUAUGGCAGAGAAAGAGAGGGAGUGGACAAUAGAGCGGUCCUCCUCUCCUAUCAGCAACAUCGCAAUGCUACCCCUUGCUGGUUUCCAUGGAAACGGAAUCCUGUGCCCCACCAUGAUUGACAGCCAGGGCCCCACUCCUAAAGUGGGAUUGGUGGACUGCCUCUUCGGAAUGUCCGCCCCAGAGUUCCGGGACCUACCAGACAGGUACGCCCGCCCUCCCCCGCGGUACCCCCACCCCCCAGACCCCAAGCAGGAUGCCGGACCCGGACAGUUACCGGUAGUUAUUGGGGAAAUGGCGGGACCAAACAGCAGUAGCAGUCAGAACCAGAGUGAGGAAUCAGGGGAGCUGAGGUCCCGACUCAGAACCAAGCCUGACUACCUGGAGGUUCUAGACCGAUCCUAUCAGUUCUAGCCUUCCUCCUCACAUUUUCACCCUUUUCUUCCUCCUCCCCCUUUUAAUCUCUCUUUGUAGAAACAAGAGAACAAGAUCCUACAUGCGUGCAAUGAGAUGUUGGUAUGGAAUUUGCACCCUCAACACACAAAUGUGGAUGGAUUUUACUCACAGUCCUAGUGAAUGUGUUUUAGAGGAAAAGCACUGAACUGAGGUCCAGGUUUUCCCACCAAUGUUUUCAGCCAGGACUUAGGUGUGAUCUUACCAUUUCUCUCUGCUUAAGUGGCAACUUCAAACUGGAGCAAUGCUUUUGUAUCCAUUUUGUACAUAGAAAUGUGUCCGGGUGUUGGUACUCUCCAAGACCAUGGGAGGAUAAAUAUACUGUACAAGCUCCCAGUUUCCACAUGGAUAUCAGCCACAGCUGCGUCAAUUUUGACACAUAACGUCUACUGGAACACAUAGAGAGAUGGAUGGACGAACAAACAAAUCGACAAACAUGUGGACAGACAGAGGAACAAAUGGACAGACAGACGCAUGGACAGAUAGAGGGACAGACAGACAGACAAACAGGUUGACUGAAAACAGCCAAGUGCCUUAGCAACAAGCAGCCAGCAACAUGGUGAAUGCUUAUUUUUCUAAGAAUACAAAUCUAUUUAUCUAAACACAGCGGUUUGACAACUAACAGACAGGAUGUUGAUAAUGACUGGGUUCCAACCAAUUUGGCUGCUAGCUGGCCUUUCUCUAAUUCCCUGACAUUUAAUUUACAACUGCACUAUUGUGAGAGUGAAGGGUGGACUGUGUACGUGGACAUUUUUUAUUAUUAUAAUGAUCUUAAUUCUAAUAAUCUUAAUUAUUAUUAUUUUAAGAUCUUACUCAUUAAACUUUUCACCACAUGGGCCUACGUCCCAAUUUCUUACUGGGCAGUGCACAAGCAAGGACAUACAAUCUAUCUUAUGCAGGAACAGCCAGUAGGAUCAGAUUGGACAUGGCUCUGGGAGUAUGUGAGCUCACUUUUGGAUAGUGAGAACACGAUCUAGACAAGAUGGAAGGCCUUCUGGGAUUAUUGCUGGCACUGCAUUUAUUCAAUUGAUUACAAAAAAUAUUUAGUGAGAAAUCUUGAGCAGAGAGAAAAAGGGACAGAACGAACCCAGGAUGAAUCAUUCAGAAACAGGAAAAUAUUCAGCUAUCAAUUUCUCUUUUAUGAAGGUACCUUUUUUAUGCUUUCAUCUCCUACAAUAGAGGAAAUUGUGAAUAUAUUUAUUCUUAGUUUUCUGUGUGUUGGAACUCUCUUGUAUGGGAUAGAGUUAUAUUCAUGUAUAGAACGAUUCAGCAUCUGGUCUAGCCUUCUUGCCGCCAACCCCAAGAAUACAAUAAAGGGUGCUACACUACAACAGAGGGCUUCUGUGAAGUCAGGAGGAGUGCAGUAAAACACCCCCUUAAACAUGCACACAUGAACUUAUUGUAUAUUACACAGACACACACACACAUAUAGUGCAGUACACACGGUCAGACAUUUCGACAUGCACACGCCAACAUCCCAUUAACAGUGCUCAUCAAGUUAUCUCUGUGCUAACUUGAUGAGCACAUCCCCACAGUGUGUAAUAAAGAUCAGGGUAGAGGGAAGUAAUGAUAAAAAGAGAGCGCCCAGCCUCCUCAACACAAAGAACACAAGGGUUGAUCGGAAAGAUGAGCUUUAAUGGUAUGAAAUUUAUAACUUUUAAGCUACAAAAUCAAUACAGUCAAUUUGUAAAGAUAAAGAACAUGGGUUGGUGUCCUCGGGCAGUGUGGUGAAUUUGUCAACUGUUUGGGUUCCAUACUUGCAGGCCGACAGGAGUGUGAUGUGUGUUUGCUGUGGUGUAGAUAUGCAGUGUGUGUAGGGUUGCAAAGGGGCGAAAACAUUUCUGUACAAUUCUGUAAACUUUCCAUGGGAAGUGGAAAAUCCAUCUGGAGAAUCUUUGAAAUUUUGAUCACUCAGAGGAACACUCCUCAAUCAGCAUGCUAAAUUAAACUAUAACCUCUGUUCUUGUAUUUUAUUAACUAUUUACUAGUUAAACUUUAAUACCGUAGAUAUAAUAUAUAUAUAUAUUUAUCCUAGUAAUAUCAUCAACACUUACUUGACUGGAUAUAAUCCUUGGGCUCAAAUGCAAAUCAAUAGUCCUGCUGUAGUGUGCAGGAUUCCAGAAAUGAUCUGUGCAUGUGAUGGAGGAAUGCACAGUGCAUGCAGCUGGUGUGGCCUCAAGUAAGUGGUGUGUUGUGUGAGUGUGAUUGUGAGAAAUUAAACUGAAUUUGCAGUUAAUCAGGUUGUUUUAACCAACAUUAUGCUGCAAAAUGGGUUUGUUUCAACAACAUUUAAGUUCCCUGUUAUAGGUUAACCUGCAAUUUAGCACAUAUCCAGUUUAUUCCCACUAAUUCCCAUUAAUUCAAUUUCCUUCCCUUUAAUUCCAAUGAAAGUUUCCGUCUUCAACCCUGUGUGUGUGUGUGUCUGAGUUUGUCUGUGAGUGUGUAUGUGUUAAUCUCCCAUUCCAAUGGUAAUGUAGUCUGAGUAUGCCACA